AUGGAAUCGCUUUCUGGGGUAUCACCAUCUGCCUUGGCUAGAACAUCCGAUUUUGAGGCUCGGGACCUUGAGCUGAUGCAUCACUACAGUACAUUGAUUGCCAAGACUUUUUCAUUUCGGAACGAAAUUCAAGACGUCUGGGCUAUUUCAAUUCCAAAGCAAGCCUACUCGUGCAGCUAUCUCAUGCACGGAUUGCUUGCAAUUUCAGCUCUACAUUUGAGCUCGUCGGCCCAUGACUCAAGACACAGCUAUACAGACCUGACUACAUAUCACAUGCAUAAAUUCCUUACUAGCUUCAGGGAACAGCUUGCAAAUAUAUCAAUAGAGAACUGUGUGCCUUUGUUUGGUGCCUCAUCUCUUAUGGUCAUUUACGUUUGUGCGCAAUCUGCUAUGAUAUCACAACCAGUUGGAAAGAGCCCGUCGCAAAUCGACAUGCUCAUGAAACUCUUCAAUAUGUCUCGAGGGGUAGAGACCAUCCUUGCACCGUAUCGUGGAGAGGUUCACCAGAGCUCCUUGAGCCCUUUACUUCACAAGGACUACCAUCUCGUUUCGGAUAUAUCAAGAUAUCAUGAUACCAAUUCCUUGGAAGAACCACGAUUGCUCGACCUGAGGGGUCUCGUCAUGAGCCAAAACCUCGACCCCCAAGAAUUGAACGAGUACCUCGACGCCCUAGCAAAGCUGCAAACAGCUUUCUCUUUCGUGGGUGUCGCUAGCAUGCCAUUGGAGCCAGGUGCGGCGUUUGUGUGGCCAAUCACCCUGCAGCGAGCUUUUAUCUGUCAUCUAACGCAACGCUCGCCUCUUUCGUUAGUCAUUCUAGCACAUUAUUGUGUGAUUUUGUAUCGUCUCAGUGGGGAUUGGUUUUUGAAUGGCUGGCACAAAGCAAUUCUUGAUGAAAUCAGAGACCUUGUACCUUUGGAACUGCAGGCAUGGAUUCGUUGGCCAAGGGAUGUUUGUGGCUUGAGCGAUUGA